AUGCCUACCAGACUUCAUCAUAACAGAAAGAAGCGUGGACACGUCUCAGCCGGUCACGGUCGUAUUGGCAAGCACAGAAAGCAUCCUGGUGGUCGUGGUCUUGCUGGUGGUCAACACCAUCAUCGUACCAACAUGGAUAAGUACCAUCCUGGUUACUUUGGUAAGGUCGGUAUGCGUCACUUCCACUUGAAGAAGAACCCUACCUGGCGUCCUGUUGUCAACCUUGACCAAAUUUGGGCCCUUGCUGGUGAAGGUGUUCGUGAAAAAUAUAAGAAUACCGAAAAGGUUCCUGUCAUUGAUGUCCUUGAAAAGGGUUAUGGUAAGGUCUUGGCUAAGGGUAAGAUCUCUCAACCUGUAAUUGUUCGUACCCGUUUCGUCUCUGCCCUUGCUGAAAAGAAGAUUAAGGCUGCCGGUGGUGUUGUUGAGCUUAUCGCUUAA